AUGUGCCGCAAGCUUUGGCCCGUCUACUCCUGCGGGCACGAACAGCUCCCCGCCCAAAACACCCGCACCGAGUCCUGUGGAAACAACUGCCCAGAGUACUCAAGGGGCUCCGGUUACUACGAGCUCCCAACGGACUGCGGUAACGUUCGCUGCUCGACAGCGAUACGGAGGAUGUUUGACAAGGGCCAGGUGAAAAUUGCUGAUUGGAAGUGGAAUUAUGGUGCUCAUGCUGGUAGCAGCUAUGGCGGUGGUUCAUCCUCAGGUAUGGGCUACGAUGCCGGUGGCGGUAGUGAUGCUGGGUAUGGGGGGUAUGGUGGCUUUGCUCCAAUACCGUCGGGUCCGUCAAUGUCUUGUCCGGUGCAUGGCGGUUAUAAUUCGGCCGGGGUUCCUUUGAUGCCUCCUUUUCUUCAACCUUAUCCUAAUGCUGGUGGUGGUGGUGGUUACUACCAAGGAUACAACAACCCGAUGUUGCGCCCUAUGUCAGCACCUCCAGCCCCCUUUUUUGGUCAACCGUUCUUCCCACCUUUCCCAGCGUUUGGCGGCGGUGGUCGAGGAUGCCCCCCGCCUCCGCCUCCGCGGAUCGUGGUGAGAUAUCGCCGGUAG